GUAAAGGACAGGUCACGCAGGGACAGACUGAUAAUUACAAAGAGUGAUUUAUUUACACCAAUUGGCGUCCAUUACCAGAGCUGGAUCUCCAGAGAAACGUGCUCAGAGAUUGAUCAGGACGUUCUGCCCGUGGGUGAUUCAUGCCCUGGGCACUCUGAGGGUGAGUAUAAAAGGGCUCCCCAGCAGAUCUUGGCAGAUCAUUUCUCUGCUCUUCCCUUGUGCUGUAGAUCCCCUGAGACCCUCCCUCCCUGGCGAUGGUGCUGUCCCGGAGCCCCUGCACCGAGGGCUCUCCCUCGCCCUGCGGGGCGGCCGCGCCCCAGCCCGUGGCCGAGAGCUGCAACGAGCCGUGUGUGCGGCAGUGCCCCGACUCCACCGUGGUCAUCUACCCCCCGCCCGUGGUGGUCACCUUCCCCGGGCCCAUCCUGAGCACCUUCCCCCAGCAGAGCGUGGUGGGGUCCGCGGGAGCCCCCGAGGUCGGGGUCGGGUCUGGGUUCGGGGCCGCCCGCACCCCCGGCGCUUCCCACGUCUACGGCGGGGCCCGCUGGGGUCGGGGGUACCCCGUGGGCAGCUGCAGGCCCUGCUAA